AUGGCCAUCGCUGAGAAUAUAUCGACGACGGCGACGUGAGAGUGUUUGGACCGGGCUGCAGCUCGUCUCCUGAGACAUUUGGGGGUCACGACUCUCAGACUUCACCUGGUCGUCUCCUGUUAUUGAGAUCUGUCCAUUUCCCCUGUCCUCUGAUCAGGAAGCGUGUCCCGAGGACUGGAGACUGUGACACUCUGUCCGCCUCAUUGUCCAGGAGAAACAGGAGGACAAUCGCUUUGUCAAUGAUUUAUUUUCUCAAGGUGAUGGUCUGCUACAAAGAAAAACAAGCAGAUCUGUCGGUCGUCACUCAGAGUCGAGUGUCCUUGGCUAUUGUGUCGAAGCCUCUCUUCAACAGAGCAGAGAAAAAGCCAUUUGUUCAUUGGGUGAAAAAAGCAUGA